AUGGUGUCUGUCGGGGAGCGUGGUCCGCUGGCCGGGGCGGACGGGAACUUGGCGGUACUGGCGAAUCUGGACGAGGCGGUGCUGCUGGACGGGCUGCGGGAGCGAUUCCUGCGGCAGCAGGUCUACACCGACAUCGGGGACAUCCUCAUCGCCAUGAACCCCUUCCAGCCCCUGCCGCUAUACGGGAGAGAGGUCUCCGAGAGGUACCGACAGCACGAAAGAGGCACGCUGCCGCCCCACAUCUUCGCCGUGGCCAGCCGGGCCUACCGUGCCAUGCUGGGCCACGGGGGCUGCGGGCCCCGCAGCCAAUGUAUCGUUAUCAGUGGAGAGAGUGGUGCAGGGAAAACAGAGAGUGCGAAGCUGUUGUUGCAGCACAUAAUGAACCUAUGCAAAGGCAACUCACAGCUGGAGCAGCAAAUCCUUCAGGUAAAUCCAUUGCUUGAAGCUUUUGGCAAUGCCCAGACAGUGAUGAAUGACAACAGCAGCCGCUUUGGAAAAUACUUACAGCUGCGUUUCCAGAAAAAUACAGUGCAAGGUGCAAAGCUGAGUGAAUACCUCCUAGAGAAGUCACGGGUAGUGCAACAAGAUACUGGGGAGAGGAAUUUCCAUAUAUUCUACUACAUGUUUGCUGGACUCUCUUCAGAGGAAAAGGAGAUGUAUGGGCUAUUGGAUCCUUCACUUUACAGGUACAUAAGUGGACAAUAUGGGACACAGGAGGUAGUACAGCGCUGGAAGCACAAAUACCAAGAGGUGUGCAAUGCCCUUGACAUGGUGGGCUUCCAAGAGCAGGAGCAAGUGGACAUGCAGGCUAUCUUGUCUGGUGUGUUGUCUCUGGGCAAUGUGACCUUUGUCUCUGAGGAAAGCAAUGGAUCUGUAAAAGUGAGUGAAUCCUCCCAGGGAUGGCUGAAAGCUGCAGCGAGUCAGUUUGGAGUCCGAGAGGAUGAACUGUUGAAAUGCCUUGUUUGUACAAUGUCAGUGACCCGAGGCGAGCAGAUUCGGCGUUUUCACACCCAGCAGCAGGCGGAAGAUGCUCGUGACUCUGUUGCAAAGGUGGCAUAUAGCCGAGUAUUUGGCUGGAUUGUUUGCAAGAUCAAUGAGCUGCUGGCUGAGAAUGUGGAUCCUGAGGUGGAACUGAGGGAGAUAGGCAUCUUGGAUAUAUUUGGGUUUGAAAACUUUGCAGUGAAUCGUUUUGAACAGCUUUGCAUAAACUUGGCCAAUGAGCAGCUGCAGCACUUCUUCAACCAUCACAUUUUCCAGCUUGAGCAGGCAGCCUAUAAGGAAGAAGAGCUACCCUGGGAGACUAUCCCUUUCAACAAUAAUGAACCUGUUCUGAAUCUGCUUCUGGCCAAGCCACUUGGGCUCCUGUCCCUUCUAGAUGAGCAAAGUGCAUUCCCUCAGGCCACUGAUAAGACAUUUGUGGAUAAAUUAAAUAGCAGCUUCAAGGGGAAUUUGUACUUCCAGCCAGGACGAGGCCAUGUUUUGGGCUUCAGCAUCGUUCACUAUGCUGGGAAAGUACAAUAUACUGCUGGAGGCUUUCUAGAGAAGAACAGGGACACCUUGCCAGCCAGCAUCCGUGGACUCUUCAUCAACAGCGUCACGCCCUUGCUCAGCAUGCUGUUCACAGCCACUGUCUCCAGGACAGGGACACUGAUGCCUCAUGUGAAAGCCAAGGUUAUACCAGGAGCAGAUGACAAGUUCAACAGCACACGAAAACAGUCUGCUGGAGCUCAGUUCCGGCAUUCUUUGAUGGUACUCAUGGAGAGGAUGUAUUCUGCUAACCCACACUUUGUGCGCUGUAUAAAGCCCAACAGCAAGAAGGAGCCAGGUGUGCUGGACAGACAGCUGGUGCUACAGCAGCUCCGGUACAAUGGCCUGCUGGAGACAGUUCGUAUCCGAAGAGACGGCUUCUCCUGGAGACCCUCAUUUGAGGAGUUUGUUGAAAGAUAUGGAAUUAUUCUAGUUAAACCAGAUGUUUCCCUCACAAAAGAAAGCUGCUUGGAGAUACUACAAAGUACAGAGCUCACAGGCUGGAUAUGUGGAAAAACACGACUUUUCUUUAAAUACUGGCACCAGGAGGAGCUGGCAAAGUAUGUGGGGCAGAUGGAAAGAGCAGCAACCAUCAUACAGAAAGUUUUCAGGGGAUUCAGAUGCAGGAAAAAUUACCUAAACCUGAUGGCCAAGCUGAGAGCUCAGGCACAGCACCUACAGGAGGAAACAGAGAAGGAAAGAAGCCAGCAGCUGCCAAUGGAAGCAGAGGCACAGAAAAGGAUCUCCCUUCCAGUCCCCAUGCCACGAAAGAGAUACCUUCACCCUCAUCCCAGUCCUUCCAGUAAGGAGCUGAAGCCACCAGUGCCACGGCCACGAAGCAAACUAGCAGAGUCCACUCCUUUUGAUAAUUUCUUGGACCCUUCUGCACCUUGCUCUAUUCUGAGGACAGAGGGACAGCCUGGAGAAAUAGAAAAAAUGAGGAAACUCAAGAGAGGAGAAACUAUUCGCUGGUUCAAAGAGACACAGGCCGAGAAGGUCAUGCAGGAUGAUGGAGCCUUUCCAAGCUGGCUGCAUGGGAUGAUCAGCCGGAGGGAAGCAGAAAAGUUGCUGAACGACAAGACCGUGGGUUGCUUCCUUGUUCGUAUCAGCCAGAGCCGGCCAGGUUACACCUUGACAUACAAGUAG